AUGCCCAGUAUACCGCGUAGUUUUCAGUCCAAUGCUGAUCAAUCAGCAAUCGAGCGUAUUCGUGGACAAUCAGAUGCAGUUCGUUCACAAUAUAUCAUUGAUAUAUUCUGUCACUUUUUUGGCGAUGGUAUGAAAGAUAAUCCGACAGCAUUUCGUGGACGAUUUCGAAAAAUGGCUAAGUCAGCUUUUAAUUUCUAUCGUGGUAGUGCCGUUCUAUUUUAUCAAGAUUUAAAAGUGGAUAAUGAUAAAUGGAUUCAUGAAAACGCAGCCGAUCAUAUAUUUAUACAUGUAAGUUUAGAAUUAUUUUUGAUUUCCGUCCGAGAAAAAUAAAUUAUAGUUUUUGACAAUUUUAUGACUACUAUCCCC